AUGACAGACAAUAAAGUUCAGGCGAAACUUGUUGAUCGUGAGUGGCUCGGAAAGGACGCCGAAAAUGAUCCAGACAGGUGGAUUCACCAAUUCACUGAGCAAGAGCUAGCCGACAUCGACAAUGCGCUGCAAACAACUCUAAAGAAACACCAGGGCUGCGAUACCAUGACAAAGGAAGAUUUCCCUUUAGGUUCAUCGGUGCAACGCCUGAAGCACGUCCUCGAGAGCCUGGAGAACGACAUGGGACUCUACGUUCUGCGUGGCAUCCCUGCGAACAAGUACACCAAAAAAGAAAUGAGGAUCAUCUACUGGGGCAUUGGGCUUCACAUGGGCAUAGCCGUAUCCCAGAGUGGUAAAGGGGAUCUCUUGGGUGAUGUCAAGAACUUUGGCGACAACAUCCACCCAGGCACGUCCACCGGCCGUGGAUACAUGUCUCGCAUCCACCUCUCAUUCCACACUGACAGCGCUGAUGUCGUCGGCCUCAUGGUAUUGCAGGUCGCCAAGAGUGGAGGCCUCAGCAUGAUUGGCAGCUCUGUGGCUGUGAGGAACGAGAUUGCUCGCCGCCGGCCCGACCUGCUCAAGGUUCUAUACGAGCCUUUCUACUGGACUUGGAAGGGUAACUCUCCCCCCGGCGCUGGGCCCUACUAUAAAAUCCCCAUCUUCAGCGAGGAGGGCGGGCGGUUUUCAUGUCGCUACAUCCCGCCUCACAUCUGGACAGCGGACGCCGACUUUCCGGACUUGCCGCGUCUGACCGAGCAACAGAGAGAGGCCAUCGAUCUAGUCGGACAAAUCGCCAACGAGGAGAAAUUCCACUUCGCCAUGAUGUUUGAGCCAGGAGACAUCCAGUUUCUCAACAACCACAUUACGCUGCAUGCCCGGACGGAGUUUGAGGACGGCGACACAGAAGAGACCAAGCGGCACUUGCUGCGUGUCUGGCUGUGCCCACCCAACAGCCGCAAACUGAGCUCUGACGUUGUCGACUUCUACAGAGACCAGACACCGGGCAGCGUUCGUGGAGGAUUUCAUUCCCAAACGGGCAAUUAUGUGUAUGAGACGACUCUGUAA